UAUAGAUCAUGUCAUCUGAGCUUGAAGUAUUGAAACAGCGUAUCACUGAACUUGAAUUUAAGAACGUCAAGCUUGAGGCUGAGAAUGCAGAGCUUAGGAAGGAGAAUACUGAAAUCUCCUAUCUUAGAAACAAGCUCUCAGUGUCUGAUGCUGAAAUAGUUGAACUUAAGCGCAGGAAUGCUGAAUUUCUAAGAGCGAAUAAAGAAUAUAACAAGAGGCGUGAUGCUGAUAAUGCCAAACUCAGGGCCGAGAAUGCUGAGUUUAGAGAUAAACUCACGAAAGUGGAACAGAAGCAGACUCUGCAAAGCACCUUAACGGCAAAUGAUAAUUCUUCUAACAUCAGUUCAUCUAACUUCAAUUUGGUCACAAAUCAGGUGCCAACGGUAACACAUCACGAGAAACCAUUGGUGGAUACUUCAUUACCUGAAGACAAGGAAACGGACGCUUUCUUGGAUGAGAAGUAUAAGAAAAAGGUUAGUAAUGAGAUUAGGCAGAAAAAUCGAGAAAAGAAACUUUGCUUUAGCACCUUUGGCCAAACCCAAGAGUCCCUUCCAACACAUCCCGAAGAGAAAAUGUCUCAAGUUCUCAACUCGGUCACUCAGCCAUGCAAUAGCACGUCAUCAGAAGAAAAGAUAUGUAGCGAACUGGAUUCAAAGUGCAAGAAGGGGAAGAAGCCAUCAAUAGAACAAAAUCAUGUGACCGAAAUUUCCGAGACAUUAUGUCCAGGAAAAGUUACCUCUGAUAAAUCCAGCAUUGAUGAGGCCUCACAAUAUCUAGCUCAGUUAUGCGAUAAAGCUUUUGAUGCUGAAGAUAAAGCCAAUCGAGCUAAUCAGGAAGAAAUUUUAUACUGUAAUGGAGGUAAAUUUGAUGAAAAGAAGGCAAGAGGCUUACUGUAUGAUUCCAUUACAAAACAGCUUAAUUUGCUUCGUAAACAGAGAUCCCAAGAAACGGGAUUACAGCUUCGAGGUGUAUCACAAAAUAGUUUGCGCAAGAAAACCCAGAGAGCUAAGAAAGUCUAUAAAUUUAUCGAACAAGUGGGCUUAGAUAAAAUCAAGUAUAUCAAAUCUUAUAGUGCAACUUCUAUUUCAGAGCUUACUAAUGAGCAAAUUCAAGAUGUUAUAAAUUAUGGAAUAUCUUCGGAAAAAUUACCUCUGGUAACGGAUCAUGUGACUGAAAUUUCUGAGACAUUAUGUCCCAGAAAAAAUUUGCCUGUAAAUACUCCCGAUCAGAAUAAUGUAUUAGAGGUCUUGUUUCCAAAGGAAUCAACUGCACAUAUCCCAUUAGCCCAUGACUCAGUCCCAAAGAGACCCUCUAAUUCUUCUGAUAAUUCCAAGGAAGAGGCGUGGUUUGAUGAAGAUAUGUUUUUCAAUGAGGCGAAUCCCACUAAAGUGAACACUGUCACUUCAGACGAUGAUGUGUAUUUUGGUAAGGCGAACAAAGUUAAUAAGCACGAUGGCGACCCCAAUUCAAUUAAUGAUGACUCUGAUUCCGAUAGUAAUUCUGAAGAUGAGAUUCCAGACGAUUCAGAUGAUGAUGGAUAUGGUGGAUACGGUGGAUAUAAUGAAUAUGGUGAAUGUGAUAGAGGUUAUUACUAUCGCGAUGAAGGAUACGAAAGAAAAACCUCCCCAAUGAUGAGUCCUAUUAUCUCUCCGGUAACCGCCUAA